AUGUCCAUGGCCAGGCACAACAGCGUCAAUGGCUUUCUGGAGGACGGCAGGAUGGAGGCAGGGGACAUGGGCAGGAUCCUUCGCUGCCUGGAGAUGGGCACUGUCCUCACCUUGUUCUAUCAGAAGAAGUCGCAGAGGCCGGAGCGAAGGACCUUCCAGGUGAAGUUGGAAACCCGGCAGAUCAUCUGGAGCCGGACGCCCGAGAAGGUGGAAGGGGACAUCGACAUUCGGGAGAUCAAGGAGAUCCGCCUGGGGAAGAGCUCACGGGACUUCGAGCGCUACCCCGAGGAUGCUCGCAAGCUCGACUUCACCAUGUGCUUCAUCAUCCUCUACGGGAUGGACUUCAGGCUGCGGACGCUCAGCGUGGCUGCUUUCUGCGAGGAGGACAUCAACCUGUGGAUAACAGGCCUCAACUGGCUGGUGGUGGACACCCAGAAAGCCCAGACCCCACUGCAGAUUGAGAGGUGGCUGCGAAAACAGUUUGACGGGAUGGAUCGGUCGCGGGAAGGCAGCAUCACAGUGAAGGAUCUGAAGGCCAUGCUGCCCCAGGUGAACUACCGUGUCCCAAACAUGAGGUUCCUGCGGGACAAGCUCGUGGAGGUGGAAGCCAGGAAUGAGAUGACUUUCUCCCACUUCAUCCAGUUCUACAAAAACCUGAUGUUUGAUGCACAGAAGUCGGUCAUCGAGCAGCUGGAGCUCUCCUUCCCCUUGCGGAACGUGGACCGACCCGAGCUGUGCCAAGUCUCCCUCUACGACUUCCAGAAGUUCCUGCUGCAUGACCAGAAGGAACCCUGGGCCAGCGACGUGGGCAUGGUGCGGGACUACAUGUGCACCUACCUCAAGGAGGGCUCCAGUGAGGCAGCGGACCCCUCCUUCCAGCUGGAUGAGUUCCUCACGUACCUCUUCUCCAAGGAGAACAUGGUGAUGGACGCCAAGUAUGAGCGCGUGGUGCCCGAGGAGAUGAACCAUCCCCUGUCCCAGUACUGGAUCUCCUCCUCCCACAACACGUACCUGACAGGGGACCAGUUCUCCAGUGAGUCCUCCCUGGAGGCGUACGCCCGCUGCCUGCGCAUGGGCUGCCGCUGCAUCGAGUUGGACUGCUGGGAUGGCCCAGACGAUCUCCCCAUCAUCUACCAUGGCCACACACUCACCUCCAAGAUCAAGUUCCUGGAUGUGCUGCACACCAUCAAGGAACAUGCAUUCGUCACCUCCGAGUUCCCCAUCAUCCUCUCCAUCGAAGAUCACUGCAGCAUCGUGCAGCAGAGGAACAUGGCCUCCCACUUCAAGAAGGUCUUCGGGGACAUGCUGCUCACCAAGCCAGUGGACAUCAAUGCUGAUGAGCUGCCCUCACCCACCCAGCUCAAGAAGAAGAUCCUAAUCAAGCACAAGAAACUGGUCGAAGGGAACCUGUACGAGGAGGUCUCCACCGCCAGUUACUCAGAGAACGACAUCAGCAACUCCAUCAAGAAUGGCAUCCUCUACCUUGAAGACCCCAUUGACCACACCUGGAGCCCCCAUUAUUUUGUCCUGACAAGCAACAAGAUCUACUACUCAGAGGAGACAUCCCGCUACCAGUUCAACGAGGAUGAGGAGGAGGUGGAGCAGAAGGAGGAGUUCAACAACAACGAGCUGCACUUCACGGAGAAGUGGUUCCAUGGGAAGCUGGGAGGUGGCCGUGAUGGGCGGCAGAUCGCCGAGAAGCUGCUGCACGAGUACUGCACCGAGACAGGCGGCAAGGAUGGCACCUUCCUCGUGCGUGAGAGCGAGACCUUCGUGGGCGACUACACCCUCUCCUUCUGGAGGUCCAGCCGGGUUCAGCACUGCCGGAUCCACUCGCGGCAGGAGGCCGGGGCCACCAAGUUCUACCUGACGGACAACCUGGUCUUCGACAGCCUCUACAGCCUCAUCUGCCACUACCGCGAGGUGCCGCUCCGCUGCAACGAGUUCGAGAUGCGCCUCACUGACCCCGUCCCCCAACCCAACGCCCAUGAGAGCAAAGAGUGGUACCACGCCAGCUUGACACGGCUGCAGGCCGAGCAUAUGCUGAUGCGGGUCCCACGGGAUGGAGCCUUCCUGGUGCGCAAGCGCAGUGAACCCAACUCCUACGCCAUCUCCUUCCGGGCAGAGGGGAAGAUCAAGCACUGCCGCAUCCAGCAGGAGGGUCGGCUCUUCAUGCUGGGCAGCUCGGCUGAGUUUGAGAGCCUCGUGGACCUCGUCAGCUACUACGAGAAACACCCUUUGUACCGCAAGAUGAAGUUGCGCUACCCCAUCAACGAGGAGACCCUGGAGAAGAUGGGUACCACCGAGCUGGACUAUGGAGCCCUGUAUGAAGUGCGGACGCCCCACUUCUAUGUAGAGGCCAACAAGAUGCCGAUGGCCAGGUGCACGGUGAAGGCUCUCUACGACUACAAAGCACAGCGAGAGGAUGAGCUGUCAUUCUGCAAGCAGGCCAUCAUCCACAACGUUGACAAGCAGGACGGCGGCUGGUGGCGGGGUGACUACGGGGGCAAGAAGCAGCUGUGGUUCCCAGCCAACUACGUGGAGGAGAUCGUCAGCACACAGGCGCAGGAGCACGAUGAGGCUUCGUCAGAAAACAGCCCCCUGGGGAACUUCUUGAAAGGCUUCAUCGAUGUGCCGUCCUGCCACGUUGUUAUCUCCAAAGACGGGAGGAGCUCCAAACCAUUUGUCUUCACCAUCCAUUCCCAGCAGAUGUCCCACGCAGCCCAGUCUCUGGACGUGGCCGCGGACACGCAGGAGGAACUCAGCGAGUGGGUGGCCAAGAUCCGAGAGGCCACGCAGAACGCCGACGCCAGGAUGCAAGAGGGGAAGAUCAUGGAGCGGAGGAAGAAGAUUGCACUGGAGCUCUCCGAGCUGGUUGUGUAUUGCCGCCCGGUGCCGUUCGAUGAGGACAAGAUUGGCACAGACAAGGCGUGCUACCGGGACAUGUCCUCCUUCCCGGAGACCAAGGCGGAGAAGUACGCCAACCGCAGCAAGGGCAAGAAGUUCCUGCAGUACAACCGGCGCCAGCUGAGCCGCAUCUACCCCAAAGGGCAGCGCCUGGACUCCUCCAACUACGACCCAUUGCCCAUGUGGAUCUGUGGCAGCCAGCUCGUGGCCCUCAACUUCCAGACGCCCGACAAGCCGAUGCAGCUGAACCAGGCGCUCUUCAUGCUCAGUGGCCGCAGCGGCUACGUCCUGCAGCCCGACAUCAUGAGGGACGAGACGUUUGACCCCUUCGACAAGAACAGCCUGAAGAUUGUGGAGCCCAUCACGGUCCAGCUGCAGAUCCUCGGUGCCCGGCACCUACCCAAGAAUGGGAGGAGCAUCGUGUGCCCCUUCGUGGAGGUGGAGGUGUGCGGCUCUGAGUACGACAACAGCAAGAACAAGACGGACGUCGUAGCUGACAACGGCUUCAACCCCGUCUGGCUCUUCAAGCAGUUCGUCUUUGACAUCAACAACCCCGAGUUUGCCUUCCUCCGCUUUGUGGUGUACGAGGAGGACAUGUUCAGUGACCCCAACUUCUUGGCACAAGCUACCUUCCCCGUCAAAGGUCUCAAAACAGGCUACCGGUCGGUGCCAUUGAAGAACAGCUACACCGAGGACCUAGAGCUCGCCGCCCUCCUCAUCCACAUCGAGAUCAUCAACGCCAAGGAAGAAGAUGAGGAGAACCUCUACUCGUCCAUCCAGCAGCUCCGGGACCGUGCCAGCGAGCUCUCCAGCCAGGUCUCCAGCUAUGAGCGCACCAAUGGCUGCGAUUCCCGCUACCAGCAGCGCCUGGACGAGCUACGGGCGGCCCAGGAGAGGCUGAUGGAGCUCACUGAAGUCCGCAACCGCAAGUUGAUGGAGAAGAAGAAGAGGGACCGGCAGAUGGUCACCAAACGCAGCUGA